ACAAUACAUGGCACAAAGCAUCGACCUUCCUCUCUCUUUCAUUUCCUACAAAAUGAUGGAACAAUCUAUAGGUUGAGCCACCUGUUAAAUCCCCUUCUCCUCGUUAAAGAGAGUCUCUUCACGUUUUCAAAAAAAAAAAAAAAAAUGGUUGCCUGUCUAUCUCUCUAUCAAAACCACCCCAUUAUCACAACCGUCUUCUCUGUCCUAAUAAUCCUUGUAUCAACCUCCUAUGGAGAUGAUGAUAAGGAUUACACAGAUUGCGAAAAGCCCUUUAGUUGUGGACUCUUGCCGGAACUUUCUUACCCUUUUUGGGGAGGUGAUCGACCUGAAGUUUGUGGACACAAGGCGUUCCAGCUCAGGUGUGAAGAAGGUCAGCUCCCUAUAAUAGCCAGCGACACGCUUGAAUUCCGCUUAUUGAAUCUAAAGCAAUCUUCCAGGUUGAUGGCUCUUCAGCUAGUGAAUUUCGAGGAGUACAUUUGUCCUACUCAAAUAAGAACCAAUUCAAGCAGUAACAGCGACAUCCAUAUCUUCGGUUAUGACCUGAGCCUUCAAAACCUCAACUUACUCUACAAUUGCUCUAUAUCUAACUCGGCAGCAUUGUCUAAAAACAGAAUUUCGUUUUGUAAUGGAUAUACUGGGAGCUCAUUCUAUGGAAAUGAUGAUAUCUUGGCAAACAGUAGUGGGCUAGACGUAAUGCAAUGUAGCAUGAGGAUUAGAAUUCCCAUUGCUAAGUCUUUGGGUGAGCUACUUGUGGGUGAUAGGCCAGAAUUGGUGGAGGUUUUAGGAGAAAGGUUCAAUGUGUCGUACGAGUAUGAUCAAGGUCCUUCAAUUUGCGAGGGAUGUAUGGCUUCAAGAGGAAUAUGUGGAACUAACACGACCCAUCCGGAUAAAGAGUUCAUGUGCCUUUGCCGUGACCAACCUUAUGCUUUUGUGUGUCAAGGAACUAGUUUGAAUGUGGGCCGGAAGGUUGCCAUAGCUCUUGGGGCAUCUCUUGGUACAUUAGUCACAAUGCUCAUAGCCUUCUUCUUCUGGUACCGCCGCAAGAAAAGGCAAUAUGAAUCCAUUUUCUCUAGAAGCAUCAAAUCAGUUCCGUCUUCAAAGGCACAUACGGAGAAGCGAAGUAGCUACAAUGGUGCUCAUCUAUUCUCUUAUGAAGAACUUGAAGAGGCCACUAACAAUUUUGAUAAGACCAGAGAGCUUGGAAAUGGAGGCUUCGGGACAGUAUAUUACGGAAAACUUCCAGAUGGGCUUGAAGUUGCAGUCAAGCGCUCAUAUGAGAACAAUUAUAAGAGGCUUGAGCAGUUCUUGAAUGAAGUUGAUAUUCUAACUCGCUUGCGCCAUCAAAACCUUGUCUUACUGCAUGGAUGCACCUCUCGGGACAGCCGUGAACUCCUACUAGUAUAUCAGUACAUUCCCAAUGGUACACUUGCUGAUCAUCUUCAUGGUGAAAGAGCAAAGCCUGGUGCACUCCCUUGGUCUACACGAAUGAACAUUGCUGUAGAGACUGCAUGUGCACUGGCAUAUCUUCAUGCUUCUGUUAUUGUGCACCGUGACGUGAAAACCAACAAUAUUCUCCUCGACAACAAUUUCUGUGUUAAAGUUGCAGAUUUUGGCCUAUCUCGACUCUUUCCCACAGAUGUCACCCAUGUUUCAACUGCUCCACAAGGGACUCCUGGUUAUGUUGAUCCAGAAUAUCAUCAAUGCUACCAGCUGACCGAUAAGAGUGAUGUCUAUAGCUUUGGGGUGGUCUUGAUUGAGCUUAUAUCAUCAAUGCCUGCUGUUGAUAUCUCUAGACACCGGCAUGAAAUUAAUUUGUCUACCAUGGCAAUCAAUAAAAUCCAAAGCAAUUCAUUGAAUGAACUUGUUGACCCCAGUCUGGGGUUUGAAUCAGAUUACGCAGCGACAAAAAUGAUUAGGGCUGUGGCUGAGUUGGCUUUUCAAUGUCUGCAGAAUGCAAAGGAGUUGAGACCAUCUAUGGAAAAAGUGUUAGAGAUUCUAAAAGAAAUACAAAGCAGAGACUACAAUGCGGAAAAGGCAGAGAAUAUAAAUAGUCCUUCGGAUGAUGUUGGGUUGUUAAAGAGUGGUCCGAUACCGCCUUCACCUGCUACUGUCACUGUUACAUGGAUUAGCACGUCCUCGACACCUCAUGCCAGUGUUUAAUUGUUUCACUAAAUUCUCAAUUACAUAGAGAAGAGAGGCAGGGACCUAUGUGCACUGAAUAAUGUGAUAGUGCCGCCACUCUCUUUUUAUUUGCCGUUGAUUGGCAUUUGUAUUUUAGCCAGAUGCCCAUAAAUUGUUUGUAUUUGAAAACAUAGAUGUUACCGUGUGUGUGUGAGACCGUAUUUUGACCGUGUGAUAAUGAGUUCGAAUUUCACGAGGGCUUCAA